UCAUCGACCACCCAUCAUCAAGGCUAGUCAAGACAAAGACAAAAUACACAAAUCGAAAUCCAAAUUCCAAAGCAAUCCUACGAGUUCUUUCUAGAAUGAAGUGAUACUUUAUUUUUUAUUAAAACAUUAAAAUUAUAACUUAAAUACUUUAGUUUAGCGUGUAGUUAAAGAAACAUGGCUAACAUUUUUGGAUUAAUCGUAUCAGGUCGCUUGGUGCAGACAGACUUCACGCCCGUGUCGGAGACGAGUCUGGUCACCACCAUCCUGGACGUGGACUCCAUCAACCACGCGGUGGUGUUCCUGACGGGCGCGACGCCGCUGCCGGCGGGCACGGUGGCCGUGGUGUACUGGAGCUGGCCCGACCCCGCCGCGCCGCCCAACUGGCAGCCGCUGGGGCACGUCUCCAACGCUAAGCCUUCCGCUAUAUUUAAGAUAUCUAACUUGAAAAAACUGCACGAACUAUCAGAUGAAAAUAAAUUUAUGGGUGCAUUUGGUCAACAACAAAUUUGUCAUAAUGCACAAAUUGGAAUUUCUAUAGAACCAGAAGCGAAUGCACAACUACUUCCAAACUCAGAGGCACAACAGACAUACUCCUAUGUGACCUUCGCUCAGAAGAUGUUAGAGCAUCUCGUCAACUUUGUGGCUUCCUUCUCUGUGACUCAGGAGCAGAUGACGCCAACGCCCGGCGUGUCGUACAUACCUCUCAACACACUGCACACCUGGUACCAGAACUUUGAGCGGCGGUUGCAGCAAAACCCUAACUUCUGGAAGAACUAGUGUUGUGUUGAGUGACAUUGGAGAGGAGCUUCUGGACAAUGCAAUGUUUCCAUGCACAGAUAUAGUGUCAAACUUAGGCUAGGUUAAGAAGUUAUAGGCUGGGACAAUGUGAAGCACAUACAGCCUUUCUUGAUGAGUACUGUUUACCAACAAAGAAAUUAGAAAUGAAGGUAGAAAGUGUAUGUAAUUUCAUAACUUAUUUAUUUUAAAUUAUGUAUGGUUUGUUUAAAAAAUGUUAUAUAAAAUAUAUUAAACAUAUCUAGUUGUUCUAAGCUUGUUAAUGAAAUUUAUUUUCAUUAAUAUAAGAACAAGUUAAUUAUAAAUAUUAUUAGAUGUGAAAUGACUAGUGAUUUAUGCCCUCAUUUUUAUUUUGUUUGUUGGUGAACAGUACUCAUCAAGAAAGGCUGUAGUAUAGUUAACACAUGUCUUUUUCUAGUACUCUUGUUUACCAUCUUAGGUUUGCAUCUGCCUUUAUAAUGGCCGGUAACCUUGGGCAACAUUGUUUUAAAUGAGUACUGAUUUUCAAAAAUGAAACUACUCCAUUGCCUGUCUGUGUAAGUGUUUGAUUGACAGUGAUCUGUAUGUGAAAAUGUUGUUCUGUACAAUAACUUAAGUUUAUUAAAUGGUCACUUGAGUAAGUGACACAUACCACGGCCCUAAAAUUCGUGAACAUUAUUAUCAAGCAUUUUCACUGUACUGUGACCACCUCUCUAUUCCUGUCUGCUCACCUGUGUUCCUAUAGGUUACUUGCGCCUGUCACAUUCUAUGAUGUGUCACAUUCUAUGAUAUGUUGUCACAUUCUGUGAUAUAUUAUCACAAUGGUGCAACACUGUUGUCUCAGAGGACACUGUAUUUAUAAUGCUAUCAGCAUAUAGUUUUAUAUUUUGAAACAUUGAUUCACCUGGUGGUGUGGAGGCUUGAUAGUUGUACCCACAAUGUAUAUAUGUAACUAUGUGACUGCACAAUAUCUGCAAGCCUGUUUAAUUUAACUUGCACACUUACAUAAUUGUAGUGAGAUCAAUCUGCCACACAUUAUUAACAGCUGUCUUAACUACUAUUUGUAAAUGGGAAUUUUCAAAGAAUUUUAUGCAAAAUUUGUCACUUUAGUCAAAUAAUUUAUUUGCAUAAGAAUAUUUAGUGAUUACUUUUAUUAAGAUUAAUUUUAGUUAUAAUUUAUGUAAUUGAAAUUGGUUUAUUUUGUAACAAACAAAUGUUUAUAGCUAAUUUUAAUGCAAGCGAAAAAAAUAGCUUAAAUACUCUGUAACGGUUAUACGGAUAGUCUUGCAGAAAGGACUUGCAGAUAAAAGAAUUGCAAAGAUUUUGAUCAACUGUAGGGAGUGGAGCGGAGCGGUUACAGUCUGUGUAACUGGUAAAGGCGAUUGUAGUGGGUAGGUAACGAUGUUCUGUAGAAAGAGGCAAGCAGGGCACAGAAAUGAAAAUAUGUGGUAAAAACUCGCCAGACCCGCCUACAUAGUGUUUCGUUUUAAGCUAGUAGUUUAAAAACUGACUCGCUCAUUUGAUUAAGUUCAGCAGUUAAAUUUAUAUAAUAAUAAAUAAAUAUUAUAUUAAUAAAUAAAUAAAAAUAGUCAAUAUUCUCAUAUACAACAGUCACUAUAUUCUCUUCACUCUGUGUUAAAACGCGACAGCUCUAGCAGGUAACAGUCAACUGGAUUCGCUCACUUUGUAUCAUUUUAGUUUGUCAUUAUCCAUAGCUUGUUCCAAAAAGUGUUUCGCCUAAUCAGUAAAAGGUCCGCUCAGCUUGCGCUUGCAGCGUCUCAUUCCCGUUUGAUGUUAUACUGAUAGUUACAACUUGUCUGACGAGUCGCCUGCACCUCUAGAGCACCUCUUAAAACAUGCUAAUGAGCGGAAAAUAUAAAUAGUAAAAAAUAUGUAAUCAGUUAGUCACCUGUGUUCCUACUACACUUGCCACAACUGAAGCAGUUGAACUCAUAGAACAGGUAACAACCGAUGAUGCAGAGACUGCUUAUGAAUUAGUAAUAUUUUUAUAAAACAAUAAAUUUUUACUAUGUAGUA